CUUUAUAAUACCUAAUGCUCUUCACUCGACCUUUGUUGGACAUAAAGGUAAUGUGAAAUGUGUAGAAUUUAUUGGAGAAGAAGGAAGAGAAAUUGUUAGUGGAUCCAGUGAUAAUACCCUAAGAGUUUGGGAUAUCGGAAGUGCAAAAGAAAAAGGCAUUUUAACGGGUCAUGAAUCACGCAUUUGGGAUGUAUCAUCCAGCAAAAAUGGCUCAAUGAUAUCAAGUGCCAGCGGCGAUGGGACUAUAAAGCUGUGGGAUAUGAAAACGAGCAAAUACACAUGUGUAUCCUCAUUAACCGGUCAUUCUGGUGAUGUCUACACUGUCAAAUUUCAUCCUGGCGAUGCAAGCUAUGAUAAGACCGUUAGACUUUACGAUGUUUCUACCGGUAAAUUGGUAAAAAUGUUUACGGGACACCAGUUAUCCGUAUCGAAAGCCAUAUUUAACCCUUUGGGCAAUUUGAUAAUUAGCGGAUCAAAAGAUAAUUCAAUUAAAUUUUGGGAUAUUAUAUCGGGAUUAUGUGUUCGAACAAUAACAUCUCAUUUAGGUGAAGUAACGUGUGUUGGAAUGAACUUUAACGGAACAUUAUUAUUAAGUUGUUCAAAAGAUAAUUCUAACAGAUUAUGGGAUGUUAGAAUGGUACGCCCUGUAACAAGAUUUAAAGGACAUCAGAAUACUUCAAAAAAUUUUAUUAGAGCUGGAUUUGCAAACAAACCAUUAAUUGUUGGAGGAUCAGAGGACGGGGUUGUGUACAUAUGGGAUCAGGAUACUGGAGAAGUACUGCAAAAAUUGCGAGGGCAUGCUGGUAUAGUCUAUGAUACAAUUUGGAAUCCCAAACAAAAUUUAUUUGUCAGUUGUAGUGAUGAUAAAACCUUAAAGUCUUGGUGUUAUGAUGAAAAUUUGCCACUAGAGUUGUGA